UUCAUCGGCGUUUCUGAGAGCUGGCAGCAACAAACUUUCGCAAAUUUCAAAGCGAUGUUCCCGUAGUGAUUCCGCAGUGAAAACGUGGAUUAUAUCAGGCUAAUUAUUUUGGAAUCGAUACAUUAAACUAUCUGGUAAAAACUUAUACAACAAAUUUCAAAAUGGCGCUGCCGUCAAAUUAUAAACAACACGUCCCAACUUCGACGCCCACUACGCAACGGCUCCGGCCGUCCGGGUCCAAUUCGGAAAGAAGCAACAAACCGGACACAUCCAGUCCGUUCAUGGUUAGCCCCCAUGGCAAUCCAGCGUUCACCCCACAGAAGUUGGGUAAAAUGGCCACUACAGCGGCGGAAAAAGUUUUGAAACCACCGAAGGCUCCGGAGAAGCCACUGAUGCCGUAUAUGCGUUACUCUCGGAAGGUGUGGGAUUCGAUUAAAUCUUCCAACUCCGAUUUGAAGCUGUGGGAGGUCGGAAAAAUUAUAGGGCAGCAGUGGCGAGAUUUGCCGGAAGGAGAUAAAGAAGAAUUUAUCACCGAAUAUGAAGCCGAAAAGUUGGAAUACGAAAAGAAUAUGAAAGCGUAUCACAACUCGCCGGCCUACUUGGCCUAUCUGACGGCCAAGAACAAAUCUAAACCGGAGGGAGAGGGGUCCGAAAGUAGCUCCCGGUCCGGGUCGAAAGGUAACCAACAAGAUCGCCGGAUCGAUAUUCAGCCGGCAGAAGACGAGGACGACCAGGAUGACGGCUAUUCUUUCAAACAUGUCGCCUACGCUCGAUUCUCCCGGAAUCAUCGUUUGAUAAACGAAAUAUUCUCGGAUGCUGUGGUCCCGGAUGUGCGCUCGGUGGUUACCACCCAACGUAUGCACGUACUCAAACGCCAAGUUCAAUCGCUGGCCAUGCAUCAAAUGAAACUACAACAUGAGCUUCAGCUCAUUGAGGAAAAGUUCGAAACUCGUAAGCGCAAAUUCAGUGAAUCUAGCGAGCAGUUUCAGGAGGAACUUAAAAAGCACUGCAAACCAGCAGUCGAUGAUGAAACUUUCCAGAAGAUGGUCGAGCGUCAAUACGAGAUGUUGAAACGAGAGAGAUUGCGUACCGUUGAAGAAACAAAGCCUCCCAUGGCGGCCACCGGACCGGGAGCGCCGUCAGCUUCCAAAUCAGAGGAUCAUUCUAUGGACACUUCUCCUUCGGCAGCGACAGCUGAACCAAUAUCGGAUCCCACUUCGACACCCAAAGCUCAAGAAGCUAGUUCCGCUAAGAAAGAUGAUAAAGACGAUGCAUCGAAAUCGGAAGAGCUGGGAAAAUCUAAAUCUUCCACCGAGGAAAAAGAAGUACCAAACGCCGGGCCUGUUCCGUUCCCUGGAGAACAUAAGCCUGUCCAUCCCGGUGGUCAUGAUCCAUCAGCACCGUCUGCUGCUCCAGUUUCUACACCAAUUCAGCAUGAUGUCUAUCGUCCUGCUCCACCUCACGUUCCAGCAGGUCCUGAACCGAAACCUGAAAUACCGUCAACUGUGGCAGCACCGGUGGCCCCUGCACCGAUUCCUACACCAGCAGCAUCAGCAACGCCACCCCCGGCAUCUCAGCACCACCAUGCACAAUCUUCAACUGCUCCCGCAGGUCCUCCACCAACUGCAGCUCCCUAUUCGCCUAAUCCUCCGCAUAGUGCUGAAUCUCACGUACCCCCACCGAAUGUCAAUGUUUCUCACCAUCAAGGACCACCACCACCCGGUCAUCAUAUGCCUCCGCACAUGCAACCCCAUCCGGGAAUGCCUGCUCAUUCUGGGUAUCCGGGUUAUCCACACGGAGGACCACCACGUCCCUACUAUCUUCCAUCUGGCUAUGGUGGCCAUCCCCAACCCUAUGGACAGUACGGGCACUACUCGUACCAUCAACAGUACGCACCACCGCCACCCGGACAGUACAUGCAAGGUCCACCACGUCCCGGUGGCCACAUGAGUCAUUAUGGGCCAGACCCACAUCACGGAGCUCCACCGGGUGACGGUCAUCAUCCACAUUCGCCGUAUGGCCCAGGACCCGCUCAAGCAGGUGCUCCACCACCACAAGCCGGUGGACCUGCUCCGCCACCAUCGGCAGCACCUGAACAUCCGAUUGAAACUCCUGAAAAGCCGGAGAAACCUGAGAAGACUCCGGCAAAGAAGAAGAAAUCGAGCAAGAAGGAAAACGAAAAGAAAGCUGCUGCUGCAGCUGCGGCCGCAGCCGCUGCAGCCGCUGCAGCUGCCCGUGACGAUUGAAAUGAAAACGAAACCUUUACUGAAUGUAACGAAGAAAUCAACUGAUUUGUCCAUUAUUAAUUGUGCUAAUUCGCUGUAAUACACAAAAUAUAUUAUUCGUGUCUAUUCUAUCGUAUUCCAAUAAAAUUGCUUUCUGAAA